GCUUCACCUGGACAACCCUGGGGCGAGGCCUUUGUGUAUAUAAGGACGGUGGCAGCAAGAGACACAACAACACUCGCAUCACAACUUCAGCUCUUCCAGCUUCACCGGAAAACUCGCAGACACUGAGAUGCUUUUCUCUGUUCUUCUUGUGGUGGGCCUCGGCCUGGUGCCCGCUCACUCCGUACCAACAGGAGAACAUCUCGGCAGCUCUCUCCUUCAAAACUGUUUUGAGCAGGCAAAGAAAAUUGUGGACGAUGCAUAUUUUUACUCCAGAGCAGAGAGUCUGAGGCGAGUCCGCAAGGAGGUGGUGAGGCCUCACGAUGCUCUCCGCCUCCUGAAGCAACCCCGGGGUGAAACGCGCUCAGCCGUGAGAUCUGCGGACUACAUGGCUCAAACCCUCCGUCUGCUGCAGGAGAGGGUGCAUCAUCGGCACAAGCGCUCACUCAACGCAACAGAUCUGCUCAGUGAAGAAGACCUGACAAAUCUUUCCAAGAUAACUGGAUGUGCAGCUCGAGUCAGAGUCCCAGAAUGCCGCACCACAGCAAAUGUCAACAAGUAUCGCACGAUCACCAGCCUCUGCAACAACCUAAAAAACCCUCGCCUCGGAGCCUCCAACACCCCCUUCAGCCGCUUGCUGCCUGCUGAAUACGACGACGGCAUCUCCCAACCAAAAGGCUGGAACAACCGAACAUUGAACAACUUCUUGCUCCCACUGGUGCGACAGGUGUCCAACAACAUCCUGAACACAACAGAUGCCGCCGUGGUCAGCGACAGAGAAUUCACUCACAUGGUGACCUUGUUUGGCCAGUGGAAUGACCACGAUCUCACCUUCACGCCCUUCUCCCCCAGCAUCCGCUCCUUCAGCAACGGGGUGAACUGCGACGAGAGCUGUGAGAAAACUGAGCCAUGCAUCCCCAUCCCGAUUCCUCCCGGCGACCCUCGUCUGCCCUCCCGCCCAGACAGCUGCAUCCCUGCGUUCAGAUCGGCCCCGGCUUGUGGAACAGGAUACUCGGCCUACAAUUUCGGCGGAGAGCCCAACAAGAGAGAGCAGAUCAACGCUCUGACAGCCUUCCUGGACCUCAGCCAGGUGUACGGCUCUGAGGAGAAGCUCGCCCUCAACCUUCGCAACCUCACUAACGACGGCGGCCUGCUGCGUGUGAAUACUGAGUUCAACGACAACGGGCGUGAGCUGCUGCCCUUCAGUACCCUCCAGGCCCAGAUGUGUGCCACUCGCAAAAGAGUCACCAAUGACACAAAUGCCAAGGAGGUGCCCUGUUUCAUUGCAGGUGAUGUGCGCGUGGACGAGAACGUCGCUCUGACGUCAAUUCACACGUUGUUUAUGCGCGAGCACAACCGCCUGGCCAGAGCCCUGAAGAGACUGAACCCACACUGGGACAGUGAGACACUCUACCAGGAGUCCCGCAAGAUCAUGGGCGCCUACACACAGAUUUUUGUGUUCAGGGACUAUCUGCCGCACAUUUUGGGUGACAACGCGGUGCGGACACAGAUAGGCCCUUACUCCGGCUACAAUCCCAAUGUUGACCCCAGCAUCUCCAACGUCUUCGCAACAGCAGCUUACCGCUUCGCCCACUUGGCCAUCCAGCCAUUCUUAUCCCGCCUGGAUGCAAACUACAGGGAGAAUAAUCGGUUCCCCAGUGUGUCCCUGUACAGGGCCUUCUUCACGCCCUGGAGAAUCGUCUUCGAGGGCGGCGUUGACUCUCUGCUGCGUGGUUUGAUUGGCCGUCCUGCCAAACUGAACACUCAGGAUCACAUGAUGGUGGACGCUCUGAGGGAACGGCUCUUCCAGUUUGUGCAGCAUCUGGCUUUGGACCUGGGCUCUCUCAACAUGCAGAGGGGACGUGACCAUGGCUUGCCUGGCUACAACGCCUACCGCAGGGUGUGUGGCCUGUCUCAGCCCCGGAACCAGGCGGAGCUCGGUCGGGUUCUGAACAACAACAAUCUGGCCCGAAGGCUGCUGCAGCUCUACGGUUCGCCCGACAACAUCGAUGUCUGGAUGGGAGGUGUGGCGGAACCGUUUGUCCAGGGCGGCCGAGUGGGACCUCUGUUUGCCUGUCUCAUCGGAAGACAGUUCCAGAGGAUCCGCCAGGGUGACAGGCUGUGGCAUGAGAAGCCCGGCGUCUUCACCAGGAGACAGAAAGCUGCUCUGUCCUCCGCCACCUUGUCCAAGAUCAUCUGUGACAACACUGGCAUCACGUCUGUCCCGCAUAACGCCUUCAACGUCAUCUCAGGCAAGAACCGGCUCGUCCGCUGCAACAACAUCCGAGGCGUGGACCUGACGGCGUGGAGGGAGAGAAUCUGCUCGGACAACUCAGAAUGUGACCCAGUUGAGCCCUCAGCACCAGCAGAGUCUCCAGGACAACGAGGUCCAGUAGGACCUCAAGGUCCACGAGGCCGUCGAGGUCGAAGAGGUCAUCGGGGUCACCCAGGUCCAAGAGGCCCUCCUGGUCCACCAUCAUCCCCCAGCAAUGCCACACAACCACAAUCGGCCUUCUCUGUCCUCUUGGGCGAGUACAAACAAUCUGUAGAAAGAAUAAUUCAUUUCCACCAGGUCAUCUACAAUGACCAGAACCACUACAGCACGCAGACGGGCUUGUUCACCUGUGUCGUCCCCGGUGUCUAUCAGUUCAGCUUUCUGUGCACGUCCUUCAUCGGUGCUGGAGGUGUGGACCUGUGGCUUAACAGUAAGCUGGUGCUGCAAGGUUUCCGGGUCAAUCAGGGAGGUCACAACUUGUCGUCAGGGGACACACUUCUCCGGCUGAAGACAGGAGACAAAGUUUGGCUGGAGGCCGGCAACGGGACCGUCGGCCUGAGCACCAGGAGCUUCUUCUCAGGCCGCCUGCUCUUCCCUUUGUGACACAAACACUUCUGACUGAAAUGUCGCCCAUCGAAUUACAAAUGACGACCGUCUGCUUUAGAAUAUGUUUUCAAUUCUCACCCUCUCUACACUGAAAUAUUAGGACUCUAUAUUACUAUUAUUAUCCUCUUAACCAAUGGACCAGACUAGACCAUACAACUGUACACAUGUUACUGAAAGAUUCACACGUACAAUUGUUUUAGUUAUUAGCUUAAUGUGAUUGCAGCAAACAUUCGUGAAAUUUUCUUACAGCGUGCAAUUGAUUGGACCGAAAUUUUUUGUCAGUAAGCAUUCUUUUGAAGGAAGGAAUUACCAGUAUUAUUAUGAAUAUUUUAUGCACUGAUGAAAUGUAGGUGUGCCUUGAAAAUGUUGUGCUUUUUCUGGUCGGUUUGUUUGACGUUUGCCGUAACUUUCCUACCUUUUGUAUUUUGCAUUAAAUAAAAGCUAAGUGUGCUGAGCUGCA